AUGUCUGACUUCAUCAACUCCGUCAUCCUCACCACCAACACCCACCCCUAUACUUUCGGCCUUGUCAUUUUCAUCCUAGCUCUUUUCGCCGCCUUUGCCCUCGUCGUCGUCAGCAUGACAGGUCUCCACUAUGAGUGCGACUGCGAAGAAAACAGCCCAAUCUUCAUCGACCAGGAGACCCGUCCGCUGCUCGACAGCCAAGACCCAUUGAAGGACUAUCCCUACGGGCGGUACGUAACGCGCACUGUCUCGGCUAAGCGAGCGAAAAAACAGUCGGUCAACCGGGCAAUUUUGAGGCAGAUGCUCGAGGUUGAUUGGGCAGAAUCCUCGUAUGGAACGAUUACUGCUGCGCCGAGGGUGGGGGAGAAGAGAAAGAUGAGGGACGACGGGAUGGGGAGGGGCAAGCGGAUUAGGAUGGAGGAGAGUUCCGAGGAGGAUAGUGAAUGGUAG